AUGAUCUCAAGAAGCCAUUAUAAGCCCGAAAAAGAAAUCAUGCAACAAGCUCUUCCCUUCACGAUCGCCAAAAUAGUGAAAUUUCUAGAGUCUGGCUUCAAAAACAAAAUAUAUUACUUUCAGAUACUGGUGCUCAUCGUUUUCCCUCCUUGGCUUCUGAACUCGACGAUCCGAGAAUUACCUCUCUUUUACACCUUUUACGCUAUAGAUUAUUGUCUGAUUCCAACUGUGAUUCCUUUGUCUUUUCUUGCUACUUUCUAUAGGCGGUACAAAAAUAAAACAAAAAUUGUUCCUCGUCAGCGCAACUACAGUGUAUCUUUGAGAUGAGUAAACUGGAGCAAUAAAACUAUUUGUUUUGUUCGUGGAAAUUCGCAAGUGUUAAAAAGACGCCGAAGGUUACAAAAGUUCAAGUCUCGAUAGCAAUAGCUUUCCAGAAAAUGUAUCCGUUACUAUAGGAGCAUAAUAAACAAGUUUUUUCACGCUUAUCAGCAAAAGUUAAAACGAUUCAAAAAUACAUACAUAAAUGUCGAAUCAAUACUUUUUCUUUGUAAAAAAUUGCAAAACACGCUCUUAACAGAUGUUUUUUAGUAAUUGGUGUAGUUGGCAACUGAGUCUUGAGUUCCAUUCAGCAUAAUGAACUUCAUCCAAGCAUUUAUCAAUUCCAUCACAGGCGAAAAUGCUUCUGAUUAUUACCUAAUGACGCUAAUCUUUUUCUGCCUCAUUCUUUUUUCUCUGACAAUCGUCAUUCUGAUGCCACCGUACCUAUUUUACUAUGUCAGAAACCUAGACCGAAGAGAGACGGUUUCUCUGAGAAAGCAUGUUUCGAGAUAUUGGAGAAAAGUUUCAGCAAGUUUACGACCUCCUCAUUCACAACUUGACCUUAUCAACCCUCAUGACGCAGUUUGGGUUUAUUCUUCUCCUACUUGGAAUAUUUUUGAACUCGACAUUUUACAAUGGAAGUGGUGAAUUUCAGUAUGUCAGUUUUGCGAACUCUGAACUUCCUUGUUAACUUCCAGGGAAAACGUUUUUUGUAUAGCAGUUAUCGGUUUCGGGUUCAUUUAUCAUUACUUGGCCAUUCCAGUGUUCCCUAUUCAUGUUAACAUUUUAUUGACGAUUCUCACUUUGCAAAGAUAUUUUUUUGUCUGCAUGAAAACCACAUAUCAUAAAUAUGUCAAAGGGUGAGAAUAUAAAUAAAAAAGAAAAAAAGGACAAUUCAAAAUUAUUUUCAGUGACUUUAUCCGUUACUAUAUCAGAGCAACAUGGCUUUUUUGUUUCACUUACUUGGCGCUUAUUUUUUGUCAGUUCAAAAAAUGUAAAAAAAAACUAGUUUUCUCUUCUAGGGUUUUGCAGUUAUCUGCCAACGUCUCCAAGUGUGGAUUGCGAUAAUCCAGUACCUGCGGGAAUCUUUUAUGUGAGUUUUUCUUAGAAGCUCCCGGCGGUUCACUUGAUGGGCAAACCAAGAGGCGCUUAUAGGUUACUCAUAAAGAACCAUUCUAACUCCUCCUAUAGACUCUAGUGCCUCUAUAGUAUAGAGGCACUAGAGCUUGCAAGAGCGCUCAUUCUAGAAAUUGGCGACUCUAGGGUAGCGUACUAGUGGCCCCUGGCGGAACAAGAAUAAAAGUGUGCGAAAAAAAAAGUCUAGGAACGUUUGAAAAAAAAAAUAAGAAGACCGCAAUAGAGAUCACGUAACCUCCAGGCACUUAGGGCUCUAAACUUAUAUUGGAACUACCUUAAUUCCAGUUUGAUAGGAAAUACUAUCUUGUCCACUGUUUUUUUCAUAUUUUUUUCACAUUUUUUCACAUAACUUUACUGGCCGUCCUGGCCUCCCUGGGUCGGGAUCCGUUUCUUUAAACAAAAAUUUUGAUGGCUUUCCAGGCCGUGGGAACCAUUGAUAAGCUUCUGGCUCCCAUGAGCGCGGCUUUAUACUACUUGAUCUAUCGGAAAGUCCUCAAUUUAGCGAAUAUGGUAUCGAAAAACCAUUAUAGACCCGAAAAAAGAGUCAUGCAACAAGCCCUACCGUUCACGAUUGCGAAAAUAGUAGGUUCAUAAACAUAAGUGAGAACAUAAUCGAUUUAUUCAGGUCCUGUUGCUUAUGGUUCUGCCACCAUGGCUUCUGAACCCAUCGAUUCGUCAGACCCCUUUAGCAUACACUUUUCACAUCCUUGACUAUUGCUUAACACGCAUUCUCCCAGAAAAUCGAACAAAUGCGAAAAAGUUUGGUACAAAAAUUUCAUCUUUGUUCCUGAGAGCUCUCCUUGCUAUGAUAGAUAGUGGACAACCUCUUGAAUAUUUAGAACCAGGUUUUUUUAGGCUCCGCCCACUUUCAGGCUUACUGUAGAAAAAACACCGUAAAAACCAAACUUUUUUCCUAGUGGAGCAAAUUGGUCCAAACGAAUUUUGAAACAGAAUAUGUUCCCUUUUGACCAUUUGAAGUUAUAGAACUGACCCGGAAAAAAAUUUUUCUUUCAGAAGAAAAAAAUUAAAGUUUUUUUGAAAAAAAUGACGAUUUUUCGCAGUCUUCAAGUCAUAACUAGUACUAGAACCCCCGAAUGCCUGGAUUUUUAUUUUUUCAAUCGACGCGUUAGGGUCUUGUGAGUAGAGGAAAAAUGUCUAGAAGCUCUGAAUCCGGGUGAUCCAGUUGACCUUCAUCUCGGAGAACGCGACCAACUUGAAAAUCGCAGAACCUUUGAAAAUUUCUAUUUUUUGUGAAAGCCGGAUUCUGUCUUGUUUCUUAUUUUUGUUCAACAUACGACAGCUUGCUGCAAAAUUACAGCUCAAAAGUAGCGAGCUGGAACCCUUUAAAAAAAAAUUUCUGACGUUUUUCCAAUUUUUCGUUUUUUCGGCAUUUUCAAUCUUUUUGCUCUAACUAGUAAUAGAACCCCCGAAUGCCUGGAUUUUUAUUUUUUCAAUCGACGCGUUAGGGUCUUGUGAGUAGAGAAAAAAUGUCUAGAAACUCUGAAUCCGGGUGAUCCAGUUGACCUCCAUCUCGGAGAACGCGACCAACUUGAAAAUGAAUAAAUUUUUAAAAAUCAGUUACUUUCUUAGGAGCAGGAUUUUCCCUCACUUCUUUUUGCCAAUCAGACACAAUCCACUCAACAAAAAAAUUGGAACAAAAAGUUAUGGCUCUCAAGCAUGACGAAAUCCAAUUUUUUUCACUUUUUCGGAUUCAUUGUUUUUUUCUUUCCUUUUCCAAGCAUUGAGCUCUACUGGAUUAGGAUACCAGGAAUGCUUGGAGUUUUUUCGUUGUACUGAUCCGUUACAUCUUCCCAAGUUCUUUAAAAAUAUUCCCAAGCUCUGUUUCCGGGUGAUCCAGUUGACCUCCAAGCAGCCGAAGCGGUCGACCUCGAAGUCGAGCGAAAUUAA